UGAGACAGAGCGGGACAGACUGCCACUUAACAACGGGAUAGAAAGAGACGGAAGCAAAGCAUACUGCGAGCGCAUACACCGAUCCAGUUUGCGCCGGGCCGGACUGUCGGCAUACCGUGUCCGUAACCUCUCAACUGCCAGUGAUGUGAUCAAAACUGUUUUUGAAUCGUUUCAAAGCGAUAUAAUCGAUAAACAAAGAAUUAAACUAUGUGGUGGAAGUGUUUGUGAGCCGUUUGUCGAGGAUUCCUGCGCAGGAGUGGCGUGGAAACGGAACAUCAAAAUGGCCGCUGCGCUGUAUGUCCCUCUGCUGCUGGCCCUCAUCUCCACAACGCUGGCUGAAAUCGAGAUGGAGUUCACAAAAUGGCCGGAAUCCGUGACCGCGCCCGUCGGCGACAAAGUCACCUUCGAGUGCAAGGUGCGGGUGCCAGCAGAACGCCUGGUGUGGCGCUGGAGGCACCUGGCCGAGGAGUCUCAGUGGCAGCCCGUUCAAGAGAACUACCAGAGCAAUGAGGUGUCCACGCGGCUCGUCGUGGAAAUGAGGAGGAAUACGAAGGACAAGUAUUAUCAGUGCGUAGUCUGGUACGGCGCAGUAGUCCUGGCCUCAGUGCCGGCCCGGCUCACCGUGGCCCAGCUGGACCUGACGAGGAGUGUCCCGGAGAAGCGGGUGAUCACGGCCCCGCUCCGGAGCCCCGUGGCGCUGCACUGCAAGCCGCCUGCGUCGGAGCCGCCGGCUGAGAUCAGCUGGUUUAAGGAGGUUGAGGGCACCAAGCAGCGCGUAGAAAGCACGCGAGGAGUCCUGAUCAUAGACAACGCGACGCCCGACAGCGGCGGCUCGUUCGGCUGCACCGCCACCAACGCGCUGCUGGGGCAGACCGUGGACCUGCCCGAGCGAGUCGUGCUGAGGGUGCAGCAUGAGGGCCGCAGCGAGCCUAGGUUCCUUGAAACAGAAGAUUACGUAGGAACAGUGAACCGAGACGGAGUCUUGACCGCUCCGGUCAGACCAAACGAAGACCUCUUCCUGGUCUGUGGAGUGGUGGGCACGGGGGUCAAAGUAUAUUGGUCCAGGGACAACAGACCUCUGCCAAGCAAGGCGAAGGUCUCCAAUGAUGGAACUCAGUUGACGGUCGGCUCGUUCAAGCAUGAUGAUGCGGGCAUCUACACCUGUUCAUCAGGCAGCCUCCGCCGCUCGUGGAAGGUGACAGCCCUGUCUCCAGCCCGCUGGCAGGGGUCCAUGGACAAUGUGAACGCGACUGAAGGCAAUGGAGCCAGGGUCUCGUGCGGCACCCCUCAGGGCAACCCCAGACCUAACGUCUUCUGGCUGCUUAACGGAGAACCGGUGAACCAUGAUAAGAGGAUAAGGACCACUGGUUCAGAGCUCUACAUAGAGCAGGUAGAGAAGCGUCACGCGAGCAUCGUGCAGUGCUUCGCGUGCAACGAGCUCGGCUGCGCGUACGACGCCGCGCUGCUGCAGGUCUUCCCCAUGCAGAUCUCUGACCAGGAAUAUUCCGUGGACAUGGGAAAAAAGAUUCACCACAUGUCAAGACCUCCGAAACGCCACGGGAAAACCUCCAGAAAGCAUUCAAGCAAACCGGUGCUGGAGCCUCCCUCGCGGCCAAACGUCACACGAAUGUCCGAUGAGAGCGUCAUGAUCACCUGGUCCAAUGGGACUAAGGGACUGCAGAUUGUGUUCUUUAAGGUGCAAUACAUCGACGCGACGAACAAGAGCAACACGUCGCAGUGGAACACGUGCAACUCGGACAUCCCGCCGCACGUGCACUCCUACGAGAUCACCGGACUCACGCCUGACCGAUAUUACAAGUUCCGUAUCUCGGCGGUGUACUCCAACCAGGACAACAAGCAGGGCCGCAGCACGGGCCGCUUCCACCUGCAGCGCGGGCAGUACCGCGGCCCCCGACCCCCCGCGCUGACCAACGCCACUGCACUGUCGCCUAGCAGCAUUGUUGUUAAUUGGACUUAUUCGAUCGGCAACAGUGUGCCAGCCGACGGUUUCUACAUCCACUACCGGGACAUCUCGUCGGCCGGAGAAUACGUCAAGAUGGCCGCCGCGGGGGACGCACGGUCCGCCAUCUUGUCUCACCUCAGCGCUGACACGGGCUAUGAGGUCAAAGUGCAGUCGUAUACUGUACAGGCGCCGUCAGAGUUCACUAGUAUAUUGAAAUGCAAGACCCUCCGCUCGGCCAGCCAGCCCCCGCGGCCCCCGCCCCCGGCCGUGCGCUCGCCGGCGGGGGCGGGGGCCGCGUCCCCCAGCGCGCUGGUCACGGCGGGGGCCGCGGGGGCCGCCCUGCUUGUCAUACUGCUCACUGCCGUACUGCUGUGUCGGCGGGCCAAGCGACCUGCUAGAGAUAAGGAAAAGGUAUCCGUGCCUGAAGGAGGCAGCACUAACGGGUACAUUCCAGCUAAAGUGCCCAUCACCAUCACUUCCAACCCUAUGCACGGGGAGGGCGGGGAAAGUGGUGUAGAAAUGUCUUUUAUGCACAAUAACAAUACAGGCAGUGAAGAUAGCACGCUUUCGCACUCACGGAAAAACGGCACAUCACCGCGAUACGUGUAAGCGAUUCCAGCCCGUAAUACAAAGGAUUAAGAAGCUAAGUUGAAGGCAUUUGUGAUUGAGAUUGUUGUUAUAUGACUGUAAUAGUACAGCGUAAGAUAUUUUUUCUGUACAGUAAUGCUUUAUGCGUUGGUGGCGAAGUUAAGAAGGGUUGUUGGAAGUUGGAAGUAUCCUGAAUCUUUUGAUGUAAUCUCUAAAUAACCACCUGGUAAUGCCUACUUACUUUAUAGCAGUUAACAAUUUAGUAAUGAGUACAAAACGACCAAUUGAGUAUUAUGUGUUUCGAAAUAGGAAUACCUACUUAUCACAAAUUUUUAAAUGGAUGCACUGGAAUGGCAACUUAUGACAAUACAUAUUAAAAAUAUGAACGAACCUUAAAGAUAAGCUUCCAGCUUUCGGCAUCGUACGUAUCUCAUUCAGUAUUCAUUGGAUAGAAAUUCACACAAGUGCGUCCACUUCAUCGGCAUUGCCGAAGCCACACCGUUUCUGCAUCCAUUUAUGACAAUCCGUUUGGUCCGAUAUGUACGAUACCGAUAGUUGGGCGCUUACCUUAAAAUGUAAAUACGUGGAAAAUUAUUAUACCUAAGUAGGUUACAAAGCUCAUAAGAUUUUGGAAAUGCAUUUUUAGCAUAAGUGUAAUUUUUUACUUAGUUUAAGAGGCAAAAUGUGUCAUGUUAUCGAAUUUAUUUAUUAUUUUAUACAUUUUUUACAAUUAAGUAAGUAUAGACAAGACAAUUUUUAGCUACAUGAUAAAUAUUUAAUUGACUAUCCUACUUAAUUUUAUUGACAAUAUUAAAAUGGCGACGUACUUAACAUUUUCGAAAAGGAUUUAAACUAAAAAAAAUAUUUUAAACAUUAAAUUUAGUCAAAUAUUAAAAAAAUAAGAAACGAACGAAAUUAGAUAUAUAUCUACAUCAUAUAUCUUAAAAAGACUGACCACUCAAAUUAUUCUCAAUGCGAGAAAGAACUUUUCGGGCACCACAUUUUUUUAUUUGGAAACCAUUUUUUAUUUUGAAAUGGUUUGAAUCUCAUAUUUAGAUUAUUUAAUUAAUAAAUACUUAAUUUAAUUAUGACUGCAGUUUAAACAGGCAUGCUGACGAUAAAAUAUAUAAACAGUGGGUUAGUGCCAACAGUUCAAUUAAAACUGCCAAAUCCAUAAAAAUAAAUAUAAAAUAUAUUUUACCGAAAUCAGUGAAAUAUGAACUAAUGAAAUAGUUACAUUAUGGUUGUGAUAAAUAAUUUUCGGCAUUUAUAAACUUUUCGUUAUUUUUUUAUUUUUCUAUUGUGUUGCUUUAUUUUAUAAUCAUAUCUUGAGUGAUUUUGAUCACGUAUUAUGUAAAAGAUUUGCUGUAUUUAUCAACACAGAACCUACAGUCCUACACCUGCUUAAAUUAUCAAUAAGGAAUUAAAGUUUAUUGUACAGUCUGGCGCAAGGAAACCUGACGUCUCUCAGAGUGAAAAUGUUUUUUGAUAGAGGUUUUUUUUGCUUCAGACUCCAUAUAUACAUUUUAUUACAUUACUAAUUUAUAAUAAUAAAUACCUAAUAGCUAUCUCACAGCUUACGCUUAAAAUACUAUCUAAGACUGACAUUGAAAUUUUAAAUAAGUAUGUAAGUACUGUUAUCUGAUUGUUUCAGAUUUAUAAUACUUUUUCAGUCUCCACACGCUUCACUGAUUGAUUAAGUCACAUACAAAAUAAACGUUUGUUUAAAACAUAACAAAAAUGACGUAGUAAUAUGUAGCUCGAAAUGUAAAUUUUUUUCAACAUGAAGAAAGAGAGUAUGUUUUUGAAAAUCAUUGAAUCAUAAAGCGGUUAAUCAUAAUCUCUACAUUUUGAAUGUGCCAGCUUAUUACCUACUUUUAUUUAGGUUUGGUUUUCAAUGUUAAGAGUAGGUCCCUUAAUGUGUUGUUUAAAAUUAUCUGAUUGAUUUAAGAUAUUUUGUAAAAACUAAUAAGAUGUUCUAAAGAAUUUAUAGAAAUACAUUAAUGAUAAAAUGAG